GCUAGCUAGCUACUACCACUCAUGCCCGCCUCCUACGCUCUGCUCCCUACUCCUCCCCUCCCUUUCGGCUCCCGAUCCCUUCCCGCGCGCGCACGUCGUCCUUCCCGAUUCGCUCCGACGACCCACCGCCGUGCCGUCGGCUGGAUAUAGCUGCCCGACCCAGAGCGCGCGCCAUUAAAACACCUCUUUCCUCCUCGAUCGCGGCCGUGCCAAGCGCAUAGACCAGCACGUACCACACGUUUACGUGAACGACCGACCGGCGCAUUCCAUCGUCCAUGGGCAACCGCAAGAAGCUGGUCCACUUCCUCCGCGUCGACCCGGCGGCGGCGGCAGCGGCCUCCGCCCUCUCCUCCCCUACGUCCUUCUCCUCCUUCUCCGACGACGACGGCUACAGCUCCUCCUCCUUCUCCUCCUCCUCGCCGUCGCGGUACAGCCCGCCCAAGUCGCCGUGGGCGCGCCUCCCGGGCCUCGGCGGCGCCGACGACGCUGCCGCGACAGGCCUCAUCGCGUCGCUCGUCAAGGAGGACGGCAAGGUCUACUCGCUGGCGGCGGCCGGGGACGUGCUGUACACCGGCACGGACUCGGAGAACGUGCGUGUGUGGCGGGACCGGCGCGAGCUCGCGGGGUUCCGGACCGGCAGCGGCCUCGUCAAGGCCAUCGUGGUCGCCGCCGACGGCCGCAUCUUCACGGGCCACCAGGACGGCAAGGUCCGGGUGUGGCGCGCCGACGCCGCCGACCCCGCCGUGCACCGCCGCGUGGGGUCGCUCCCGCCGCUCGGGGACCUCCUGGUCAGCUCCGUCAACCCGUCCAGCUACGUGCGCUCGCCGCGCGGCGGGAGGGGCCGGGGCCGGCGCCGCGUCGCCGUCUGGCUCCGCCACUCGGACGCCGUGUCGUCCCUCAGCCUCGACGAGGGCGCCGGCCUGCUCUACUCGGCCUCCUGGGACCGCACCUUCAAGGCGUGGCGCGUGUCAGACUACCGGUGCCUCGAGUCCGUGCCCGCGCACGACGACGCCGUCAACACGGUCGCCGCGGCCGGGUUCGGCGGCCUCGUGCUCACCGGCUCCGCCGACGGGACCGUCAAGGUGUGGCGGCGGCGGGAGGCGGCGGCCGACCGGACGAGCCACGUCCUGCAGAGGGUGCUCCGGGAGGGCGACGGCGCGGUGACCGCCAUCGCGGCGUGCCCCGAGGCCCGCGCCGUGUACGUGGGCUCCUCCGACGGGCUGGUCACGUGCUGGCGGUGGGGGCUGGACGUGGACGCCCAGCCGACGCACGCGGGCGUGCUGGCCGGACACGGGAUGGGCGUGCUGUGCCUCGCCGUGUCCGGGCGCGUCGUCGUCAGCGGCUCGGCCGACGGGACGCUCUGCGUGUGGCGCCGCGACGACGACGACGACGAGCAAAAGGGACACGCCCGCCUCGCCGUGCUCGUGGGGCACACGGGGCCCGUCAAGUGCGUCGCAGUGGCCGCGGACGAGGACUGCUACGACGCGGACGGCGAGCGGCGGUUCGUGGUGUACAGCGGCAGCCUGGACGGAUCGGUCAAGGUGUGGCGUCUGUCGGAGGAGCGCGCGCUGGAGCCGCCCGCGGUAGAGACAACAACGCCUCCGUUGAUGGCGGCGGCACUGAGGCAGUCGGAGACAUGGAUGCCCCGCCCCCGAACAGCACAGCUUCCGUCACCGGUGCAAACGUGGGCGCCGGAGCUGAAGGGCGUGGCAGCUGCAUGAGCACGAUUGCACGAAGAAGCUACCGGUCGAUUAGCUGCACCUGCACUGCAUGAGGUCGUGCGCGUGUGCGUGCAAGAAUGUGCCGCCAACACGUGUGCUGUAGGAGAGUGUGUACAUAUACCUAGAACAUACGGAUACCGUAUGGUAACUACGCCUAGCUAGUAUGAAUUUUGAGGAGGAUUAAAUCAAGUGUGGAGUGCCGGGGUUUUUUUUCAAAAACUAAAAGAAAAAAAUCAAGUGUGUGGUGAUCUGAUACGGCCGGGUGGUUUGAUGAGGAUAAAAACGAGCGGUUGGUCUGAUUUGAAAACGAGAGGUGUCUUCUACAAUGUCAAAAUCAAAUUAAUGGACAAGGAAAACGAUUUCGUGUU